AUGCGACGGUGCGGCUCGCUGCUUCGCCCAGCGUGGCGUUGCACGGCUGCCGCGUACGCCAGCCGCGGCGCGGCGGCGCGGGGGCGGCGGGGCAGGCGAGCGUCUAGCGGCACCGCUGGCCUGCGUGACGCGGUUGGUAUGCUGAUCCCUGAGGCCUGCCUGCGCCGCGACCGGAUGUCGCCCGAGGCGCUGGACCGCUCCAUUGAGAAUAAGGCGCGUGGCCUGCUCGCCCUGGGCGCGGACGCAGCCGCCGAAGCGUGUGGCCCGUACGGCGCCUACUUUGAUCGGCGUGACAUUCGCUUUCAAGGGAGGAACGGAGACAUGCGCCAAUUUGCGGAGAUGGCGGCGAGGGCCGUCGCGGCGGAAAAUUGGAGUGACACGUCGCUGCGGGGCAAUGCCCCGCUGAGGGAUGCCGUGGCCUUCGUUGGGGGGAGGCGACAGAAGCGGCCGCUGCCGGGCGCCAUCGCAGACGCGCCCAAGGCGGCAUUCACCGGCGGGAGCGCGGCGAUGCUGCAGCGGGUGGUGCGACGUCACGGCGGUGAUUUGUCGUCACUUACGCAUGCUGUGGCUGCUGCGGGUGGCUGUGUGCCCGACGCGAACGCCGGGGACUGUCACGAUGGCGGCGGUGAGGGGAACAGGGCUACAGUGGCAGGGGAAGAGCCGAAGCUGGGGGCGUCAUCGCCGUCGUCGUCCGUAGUGACGGAAGGUAAACGACGCGUGCAGCGCCGUCAGCGUCGGCUUGAGCGCAUUAUGAGCCGUGAGGGGGCCGUGCAUCCUUGCGUGUACCAAGGCGGCUGUGCCUCACAGGGUGGGGCGGCAAUGUGUCCGUUUGCCUUGUACCCUGCAACGGUCUGCGUGGCAUGGCUGCGGCAUGGCUGCUGCGAGGAUGCCGUGCGUGGCGGUUGCCCAUGGUGGCACGGCAGCGUGGCUGGUACAGGCAGGGCAGAAGCUGUGGGCAACCGGCUCUUUGGCGACGUUGAGGACGCCGACGCCGGCGACGGCGAGCUGCUGCGUGAGAGCUUCGCGUGGAUGGCCGCGCUUCUGCAGAUGUUUUUGGACCUCGUGGUCACCGCGCUCGAGGACGCGCGGUUUGACUUCUCGGAGGGUCUCGUGUCUGCCGCGGCGGUGCGGGGGGUGCUUGCGGCGUCGCUAAGCGCGUCCUCGGGCGCCAGAGCGGGUCACGGCACCGCCAUGCCGCUGCACUACGACCCCGCAUGCGACUCUUUGUCGGUGGGGGAGGAGUUGGCGGUGAGUGCUCUCAUGGAGGCGGAGGCGGGGGCGGAGGAGUCGUUUGAUGUUCUGCUUUCCCGCGAGUCGGCGUCGUCCCGGUGGGGCGCGGAGGUGCCGCCCGGCGAAGCGGGAGACGCGGAGGAGCGGCUGCAUGCCCGCGCCGAACGGCGCCUUCGCCGCGUCCUCGCCAACUUCCGCGGCUACGUUUGCGCGGCUGGCGCCCACGCGGGGGCGGGGGAUCGCAUCGCCCUCUGCACACCGCUCACCCGGUGGCUGCUGCAGCGAGUCGCCGACGAUUGCCAAAGCCAGCGUAACCACGCCAACACCGUGGAGGCCACACCGCAGACGCUUUUUGAAGAGGCAAGCACCGCUCUCUUGCGUACGCACCUGCAGAGGUGUGGCGUUGGCAAGGAUGGCGUGACGGACGCUCCGGCGAACUUCCACCGCUGGCCCGGCCUGUCACUGUUGCAGCUGAUGUCGCUCCUUGCACGGACUCCAGCAUCGCGUGAGAUGACAACGGCUCUGGGGUGCGAGGAAAGCUCCUUUCUGUACACGGCGCUGCUCUCGCUGCACGUAACCGGAACACCCAGCUGGGCUGCGGACAAUGUGCAGGCGCGGUAUGUGGGUUGCUGGGUGUUCUUUCACUCGCUCCUCUCAACCCUUGCGCUGGGCCUCGUUCGUGCAGGCGUUCAACAAUUUACGCUUGCUCGCCCAGCCUUGCUGGGUGUGGCGCGGCAACUUGCCCGCGACGUGGAGCAGCACUUCUCCGUGCCGCUCCUGCGGAAGUCCGGGUGGUCGGCGUGGACGGACGAGCAAAUGUUUGCCGCGCAGCAGUCGCAGGCGUACACCGCCGUGGAGUAUGCGCGGUUCCACCUGCCUGCUAUCGCCCACUGCUUCCUGGCGGCUGUGUUGAACACGCUUCUGCUGCACGUCGCGAGGGAGGCGGCGCGGCGGUAUCAGCUGCGGCUGAGCCCUGUUGCCGCCGUGCUGUUUAGUAGGAGCCGGGACUUGGACUCGCCGCAGGAGUCGCUUCGACGCGAGCGAUGUCUUCGCAGCGGCGGCGGCGGUGUCGUGGUGCGGCGAGGCGUGCAGCCGUACGCGUUGGAGGCCGUGGCGCUUCUCUCCCGCCUGCAUGACGAGAAUAACGCGGUGCUGGCGCGUCGGCAACAUCUGAUGGAUGAGUUCAUGACACGGCGCGCGGAGUACCACGAGCGCACGGCGACGGAACUUGCACGCCGGCGGCAGAGCCACGGCAGCCACAAGCCGAGGCAAAACGGUGGCGUGCCCCCCGUUGACGCUGAGGACACCCACGUCUUUGAGAAGUUGCUGCCGCACGCCUCCGUCAUGGUCUCCGCGGACGUCCUGAGCUUCUUGCUGCCCGUCUUGUUCCGGGGCGGUGGGGCGUACAAGGCGCUGCGCCUCGCCUCGUCGGCGAUCCACGCCAGCAGAAUGCUGCGACACGCCGCAAAGCAGCCCAUGCCGUACCUCGUACAAGCUGAGAAGACGAUCUACAGGCGGACGCGACAAGGCGGGACGGGGCGUAAGCGCCUUAUUCGCCUCCGCGUUCCCGUGCUGCGCCGAGUGGACGCCGAAGCAGAGGCGCGGGAACGCGGCGGCGUGGGCGCGCGUCCCGUUGGGUUGUACCUGCAGCUCAGCGAAGGCGUCGUGGCGGAGAUGGCGGGCAUGGGCGCGCGCAUGGGAACGGCCGGCGCAAGGCUUGUGCGUGGGGUGUGCGAGGACAGCGUGCGGGGCCUGCUGGUGGACUACGCUGAGGGGCGAUGUUUGCCGGCGCCGGACGCCGCCGACGUCCACGAGGCGGGUUCCGUCGCCGCCGCCUUCGGCGCGAGGGCGCUUAAGGCCAUUUUGUCGCUUGCAGGUGUCGGCGGUCACGGCAGUGCCGGUGGCGGUGCUGGGGGGCACGCUGCAAUCCACGCGGCGGGCACCGUCAUCCUCGAGCGCCGCAUCCCACCCACGGCGCUCCUCUUGGAGACUGCCGCGGCCCUGACGCCGAGCAACGACCACGCGGCUCACGCGCUCUACGAGCGCGUCUGCGGCAUGGAUCCGAGGGCCCUUGUCACAGACCGGGUGUUGCUGGCGCAGCAGCAUCACGCGGCCCGACGCCACUUUGGACGGGCGACGGCUGUGGCCUCCGCCGUGUGGCUCGAUGUCGUCCGCGCGGGGCUUGCCUCGCUCUCGCGCCCCACAGCCGUCUUACUGCGGCAGGAGGCGGAGCAGCAGCUGCCCGCCUCCAUGGAGUUUGGGGAGGAGCCGCGGGAGAGGAGGCCGGCCCCACGCACCGUGGCGGAGCUGCGGGACUCCCUGGAGCACUUGGCUACGGCAGACGCCGUUGUGCCCACCGCCGGCAGUUGGUCUCAAGGCGGGUACGCGACGUACGUGACGCGGUCGCUUGCGGCGCACUGCAUGGACGCCGGUGCCCUGCGCCGGAUGCGGUGGGCCGUUCUCGCCGCCACGCUUCUCGCCGCUACAAGUGACACACUCACGGGCAGACAAGGGGUUUGGUCGCGACUGCUGCUGCGCAACACGUUCAUUGUGGCCCUGCAGGCAACGAGUCCGCAGGAACGCGAGCGGGAUACGCACGCGACGGUGCGUGUCUUCCUCCUCACGGACGUAUUCCGCCCCAUCAUCGCCACGGCGGCGCGGGCAGACGAGCAGGGAAUUGUGUGGGGCUCCGCCGCGGUGCGGGAUCUGCCGCAGUACCUCGCAGCGCAGGCACGGCUGGCGGAGCAGCUGCGCAGACAACCGCACGCUGGCGAAUUCCUCGCGGGGAUGCGCCGCGGCCUGCAGCUUCUGCCGCGCUUCAGGGCCGCACUGGGCCUCCACGACGACGGCGAUGACGCCGCCCGGUCGAAUGCCUGGCGCCUCCUUGAGCCCCUACUCCAGCACCCGGAGUUGGCGGCCGCGUGGCUGCAGAAGUCGCUUUUUGCGUUGCCGCCCGACCUCCUCCUCUGGAUCACCGCACGCGUCGACGUGAGCGACACGGCAGCCGCCUUCUCCCUCGCCGCAUGGUCGAUACUUCUGCACUCGAGCCGCGCCGUGGACGCGGCGGUUAGGCACACGGUACUCCAAACAACCUCCCGCAAACUCACUGCAGAGCAGAGCAAGAAGCUGCAGGAGUGGCAGCACGUCGCUGAAGCAACGUCAUAA